AUGAUCAGUUCAGUCGAUUUCACGUUUCAAGGUGACCACAUUCCGACCCACCCUGGCCGCUCAGAGGCAGAAUUCGCUCAGGUCUUCGCCGCGGAGGACGAAACCCUGAAACAGGUGAAUGUGAACUCUCGAUGGCAAUAGGGGUAAUAGAGGGUUCGAAGGGGCGGGGAGAGCUGAGUACCGCUUUCCCGCCCCCGCUGGUCUGCGCAGAAGCGAGGGGGGGAAUGCGGCGUAGGAGGUUUGCGACAACGUCAAGAAUACCUAUGCCACAGUAGUUUUUGCACACAUCGAACUGUCGUUCAUCUUGAUGGCGGGCGUGACGUCAGCGUCGCCUCAGCCCAUGGGCAGAAUCUCUAUUCCCAGGUUUUGUGUCGAAAGACCACAUAAUCUGCCAGCUAGCACGGCUUCGCGGCACAUGCUCAUUACGGCUGGAAGUCAACCCUCGCUCCGCCGAUCUUCUGUUUCGCUACAGCCUCAGAGGCCGUCUCCAAAGAUGACGCACUGUAAUCGCAGUCACGUGUGGGUGUUGAGCGUCUUUGAACUAAGCAGAGUCGGUUUCCAUUGCCAAGUCUUACCGAAAUAAGGCACGGGUAUGCAUGCAGUGUUUGUUAAUGACUUAGAAGACUAGAAAUGCCGUAAACCUCAAUUCGACUGGGUAAACUAAUUUCAACUUCUUAAUUUCCUUCGUCGACUGGGGGUAAAUCGUUCAGAAUAAAGGUUUUGAUGCUCUGUCCAAAAGUUGAUAUGAAUAUCUACGCCGAAAUCCAACGACUUCAGUAGGAAGACUGAGUAAUCUUCAUAAUUCCCCAUACUGACAGUAUAGGUACUAGUGAGAAGACCAGACCCACGACUCGCUGAUUGUGACGAAUCGGUUGAUAUGCGUAUUCUGAGUGAGUAAAUGUUCAACAGUUGCGUCUGGCGACGUGCAUCGUAUGACCCACACGGGAUGGGCGCAGCACCAGCGACUUGCGCAGCAUCUGCCUCACUCGCCCCCAUCCCUCGUCCAUCCGGCUUCUAUGGCAGCACAUGAUACCUGUUGAUGGACUCGGAAGCCUUGGCGGACAAAGCUGAACAGCCCCUCCAACACGCGAUCUGAUAUGCUUGCUGCCCGCUGACAGUUUUCGAAUGUCAUGCGGUUGUCCAGCUGAAGCUGAUUAGGUUUCAACUCAAACACUCACAUAGAUUUUUGCACCGCAUCUGAAAAGCCUGUGACCAGGAAUUUACUCAUACUUCGAUCAGCAAUUUUUGAGGAAGUUAGAAGGCUGCAAGGCGAGACAGUUCCACUAGCAUCACUGAGUGAAGAUUGUUUCAGCCUGAUGCGAAUCUGGGUCUCCUGACAACGCCAUGGGGGGAUGACGUCGGGGGAACCAUAGGGAUGUAGACGCAAUUUGUCCGAUUUAAGAUUAAUCAUACUGGACCCCUUAGCGCGUUGCCGGUUCUCCAUCGGCGCCUCAGCGCCGCGCUAGCCACCUCUCAACUUUGGUCCAAUUGGCCAUUGCAAGACUGCUAUAUAUGGCAGUUCGCGGCCUCGAUCGUCCCAGUGGUUAAUCCUCUGUGUUAUUCUACCUUUCAUUGUCCAUACUUACUUUUGCCUAUUGGUCAACUCAAUAAACCUAUCCGCAUCGACUGGAGGCCCCAAAAAUACCGAGGACAAGGGAUGUCUGGGCAUUUUUGACCAAAGAACGCCUUCCCGACGUCCUCCCGCCCUACAUGUCAUCACCGUUCCCGCUUGCCGGAUCAACCAAGGAUCAUCUCCAGACCAACCAGUCCCCACCAAAAGACCUCAUCGCGUUCUCUACCCUGCCCAAACUCCAACCCAUCUUUCUGUAGUCCUAAAUAAUCCCUAGUAUUUCCCUUAAGCCACUGCCUUGUGUUCUUAUUUGGGGUCGAAUAGGAGGGUUUCGACACUUAGUACGUUUAGGCCGCUUUCAGAACUUCCCCAUAAGUGAGCUGGACUGCAGUCGGCGUCAAACUGCUGAUGUAUCCCUUUAGGGACCCCCAAAGAUUCCACUACUUGUGAGACGAAAGCGUACAAUUGUCAGAUUUCCGUCACGAAAUUUCCUACCGACAGCGUGUUUUUGCACAAAUUUUUCGUUUUUCCUCGUCCUCCAUUCUAAUUGGCCUACUUAUUCUGGUCAUACUUCUCAUUGGUUACAACUGCUUCCAGGGGCAAGGGAAGGUGUACAAUGAGACCCUGAUCUUCCUUGUUCGUCGGACCGACAGAUUAUGCUAGUUAUUGAGGUGGCUUAACAGACAGACACCCCGUUUCUGCUGAGUUGCACAUCCAGCGGCAGUAUGUAGCAGAACAGCAAAAGUCAACCUCAAUUCAAGGCUUCCUGUGGCGACGCCACAAUCACGGUGACUGCCGCAGCGAGACGCCUUGGUACAUAAUGACAAAUCGCCGAACAGGGGACGCGCGCAGGUGUGCAUUCGCCGACAGAAAUCGCUCGGCGCGGCUGUUUUUGUUUCAGCGCCGUAAAUAAACUGACACAAGUGGUGACUGGACAAAGUGACGACGUCCUUUCGGCCCCGACCACAGGCACUCGGCCAACACAAAGUCCAUGCAUUUCGCCUCAGGUGGAACGGUCUCCGGCCUACAGAGGACCAUUUAGUCUCAAGCAACGUCAAAAACUCUUUUGGUUUGGUCAAGGUAUACUGACCGUCCGUAUUACAGAUGGUCUUGCCUUAAAUCCCAGGGAGCUUGGUGUUAGGGUCAAAAGGGUUUGGGCAGGGAUUGGGGAAUUUAGCACAAGACCACAGUUAAUGUCGGGAGAGAUCCAUCCUCCCGGUUUCGAUCAAUUAUUAAAGUUGGGAAUUCGGGAAGACCGUCUGAGUGACGUUUAAUGCUUAACCGUAUUGGUGGCCCAAUCAGAGCAACGGUGUAUAGGCUGCAACUGGAAAGAUGACAGAACCUAAGUAGUGUUUCAUCGCGAUGGAUUUUCAGUCCCCACGUAAAUGCCGUCAUAAAUCCUAGAGGAGUUUUGCAAUCUACAGGUCUCGCAGUCAUUUUGUAAGCCUUAAGACCUUAUUCAAUUUUAGUACUUGGAGGAGGGAUGAAUAUUUCAUACGUUUCUGCCUUAUCGGUCAUUUAUCCCUGUUAGACCGCCUUGAGCAAGUGCACAAAUCUUUGAAUACUGUGGAAACGAAGCCUGUGUUUUCAUCUUCUUCUAGCAUUUCCAAAUUAACGGAAGUUAGAUUAACGUAGACAGAUUAAUGGAUGUAUGACGGAUCCUCUCACUACCAGUAAAACAGUGCGAUGGAUAAAGAUCGCGGCGCACAAAUUAAGAUGGACAGUUCGACACUCGUGAACAGUAGGUUGGACGAAUAAUCAUGUGCAUAUUUCUGAAGUUUCAUAUAUUUCCAAGACAUAAAUUCUUUCUUCCUUCAAACAGUACAGGCCAAGAAGGCGCAUUUUUUCACAAAACGAGUAUAAAAAACGCAGUUAAAGGCAUACUCUCUACGAGAUAUUCGUACAUUUAUGUUCGAGGAUAACUUUUACAAAUGACCGGGAUGCGGUCAUCAUGUUGCCUUCAGCGAGUAGACUCGUAAUUAUGUCCCGUGCUAACAAGUCUUGUGGUAUUUUUUUGUGAAAAAAGAGAUAGACAAAAAUCCCUAAUUGCCGCGCGGCUUUCAGUGUCAAUUGCACAACAGGCAUAUUUAUGAGCAUGGUAGAUGGGCGCUCAUCAAUCCCGGAACCGGACAUAAUAGACCCGCUUUGCACCUAGGGUCUCAGUCUCGAGUUCCGUCAGCAGCCGCAGCAUUGGCCGAAUAAUCUUUUCGUGAAAGAACGAUCGACAAAAAUCGCUAAUUACCGCGUGGCUUUCGGUGGCGAUUACAUAUCUGACAUGUUUAUAACCGCAGUGGAGGGGCGCUAACCGAUUGGACACACUCGUCCAGCUUUGCACUUUGAGACUCAAUCACGAGUUCUGGCAGCAACCGCACAGCGGCUACCAGUACAUAUGGGCAAAUUAGCAUUACUGACAAAGACGUGCGGGGCUGGAAGGGCCAUUUCUGGCUUGUUAGCCGUCACUAGCCAGCCGUACACAACCCGAGGUGUGAGACCCCUGGGGCUCGAACUUGCCGUUCAUCGGCUGGAAGUUUAACUCUCGAACCACUGAGUCACGACCUCAUCGUCUUGUCGAGUACAAUCGAGUAUAUUAACAAUGGCAGUGAUACCGACGUGGGACACACUCGUGCCGCUUUUUGCCUUGGGAUUCAGUCUCGAGCCGCGCCGGCAGCCACCCAGCGGCUAAUAGUGCAUAUUGGCAGAACAACAAGCAAACAGGCCAGAAAUGGUCAUUUCAAUACUUCUUGCCUUUGUCGGUAAUGUUGUUUAGCUUACAUGUCUGUAACCUACAUUGCAAUGUCAAACCUGCCGAUGGCAGGGAUCUUUAACAGAGAGAAAUACAACUUUCUCGCUUAAAUCCUAGACACUGCUAAUUACGCUUGGGCGGAUCGUCGUUGCCGCCGCCGCCGCCGCCACCGCCGCCGCCACCACCACCACCACCACCACCACCACCACCACCACCACCACCACCACCACCACCACCACCACCAUCACCACCACCACCAACGCUGCCAUUCCCAUCCUCGAGUUUAUCACCGGCAACGCGGGCUUAAUCUCAACCAACUCUCAUCGUGAUUACGCAUCAGCCCGAUCGAUCACCUGCGAAUCCACCGCACUGUGA